CGGGCCGUGGUGCUGGAUUGCCGGGUCGGGCAUGUGGCGGAUGGUGUGUGUGGGCCGGCGGUUCUUGCGGCCUCUCUCCGCCGCACCGGCGGGCCCACUCCGGCCUCAGCCGCUCUCCUGCCUGGUCGAAGCUGCCCGAAGGAACUGCGCGGGAGCGGGAGGCGGCGGUGCUGGGGCACUGGGGGCGGUGACAGUGGAGCGGCGGCGGGCGGCAGACACUGUUCUUCCAGCGUUCAACAUUGACUUUGUUGUAGCUCUUCUGAGGCAAGAAAAUGCAAAAGACAUCUGUGUCAUCCAACUACCUCCAGAAAUACAAUAUUGCAAUUAUUUCAUAAUUGUGAGUGGAUCUUCAACACGGCAUCUCCAUGCAAUGGCACAUUACAUGCUGAAAAUGUACAAGCUUCACAAAGAAGUUGGUGAUCCUCAUACUCGGAUUGAAGGGAAAGAGACAGAUGACUGGCUGUGCAUCGAUUUUGGUACCAUAGUGAUGCACUUCAUGCUGCCAGAGACAAGAGAUGUUUAUGAGUUGGAGAAGCUAUGGACUCUCCGUUCUUAUGAUGACCAGUUAGCGCAGAUGACUUCACAGUCACUACCAGAAGACUUUGUACUUGGACUGACAUCUGACAUCAGUGAUCACCUUGAGACAAGAACUUAAAGCAGCUGCUGACUGGAGAGAGAAGCAAGCAUGCAUCACAGAGCUGAGAGAGAUACAGGCCUGGCUGCUGACUUAACAGUCACUGCAAUUGAUCAGUGCAAAGCAUUGGAUUUGGUGGAUCUGCAUAGGUAAAGUUCUGACCAAGUUACAGAAUUGUUGAAGUUAGGAAAAACCCUUAAGUUCAAGUCCAACCAUAAAAUGUCAAAGAAAGAAUCCUGUUAUAGGGGUUUGGGGUUUUUUUUUUCCUUCCUGGAGGAGUCACUCUCUCACCAGAGUUUGCAUUGAGAAGAAUGGGGCAGGCAGUUGCUUAAACUUUCUGAAAUUCAUGCUCAGCUGCUACAAUAAUUGUUUUUCUAGUAUCUUUGUAAGCCCUGGCUGUGAUACCAGCACAAAAAAGAUUUAAGUGCUGCAGGGAAAGAAAUACAUGGAAUGAAAUACAUGGAAUAGUACAUUUUAGAUACAGGUUCUUGUAGGAAGCCAUUUGCUUCUAGUCACAGAGAGAUCAGUCAGGCUCCAGACUGAAGGAGGAGAAAACCUGGUUGGAAUUACUGAGCACAUAAAAGCUAAGAGGGGCAGUGACAAAUAAAUAUUUUAAGUUAACAGAACAUUAAGUCCAGUCUUCAGCCAAGGCCAAUCUGAUUUUAAUAAUGAAAACUAAAAUCUUGAAGAGUUUCAAUUGAUUGUCUUCAUGUUAAAAUAUUCAGCUUGUUCCAAGUGUGCAGUUGGUUCCUCUCCUUGUUUUCCUUCUCACCUAGUUGCUGGAAAAGGACACUGAGACAGUGUGCCAUAGUAGUGUAAACUUUUCAACUGUUUUUGCCUUCAAAAGAGCUGAAGGGAAGCCUUUGAUCACUGAGCAUUGCUUGCUGCUGCUAAUGUGGUGUUCAGCGUGUUGAGAAGUUCAUUGUGUUCUUAGUCUGGCCACGGUGUGGUCCCCUGAGCAGCAGAGCUUCAAGAUAGUGGCAGAACUUGUCCACAUAGGACAAGAUACUUCUUUCUGCUGCAGGACAGGUCUUUCAUCACUAAAAAUUAGCAUCUCUUGCUUCUAGAGACACCUGCUCUACCUUGCAUUGGGAAGGAAGUAGUAAAUUCUGAGGGCAGUCAGCUUUUUCCUCCAUAGACUCACAAACACCUUCCAGCCCUGCUGCUGUUCAUCGUGCUCAAAAAAGUGAUGCUGGUUUCACGCCCUAGGAUAAGGGAGAGUGCAUGCAUGUGGGGUGGUUGUAUUUUGUAAUAACCCCUCAAAAAAAUCUCAAGUCCUUUUCAUACUGGUUAUGUUUUCUUGCUGUGUCUAUUCUCUUCUUUGAGGAAAGCAGCACCUGAGCGCACCUCUGCAUUGAUACAAGGCAACAGAAAAUAGUUCCGCUUAUAAAGCAGGGAACUAUUAAAUAGGUAGCUAAACUAUGCAAAUAAAACAUCCUUGGCCACAAGAGAAAGACUGAUGAUAAGUCUGACUGAAAAGAAAGAUUUUUUUUUUUAAUGCUUCACUACACUUGUCAAUAACCCACCUAGGGGAAAGGAAACCUUGGCUGGCUUACAGCAGUGGCUUCCAAGUAAGGUAUUUCAUCCUAGGAGGCAGACAGAGCAGUAACUUCAGAUCAUUUUGUGAAAGCAUUUGCCUUUCAGUGCUGCUGAAGAUAGGUAAUAGUAGAUGAAUGGAGGCAGGUUCAGCAAACAUUAUGCCAUUAUACGAACCCAUAUUUAGUAACCGGAACCAUGUGCAGGAGCCUGUCUGAAAGAGCACAAGUAACAAAAGAGCACCCAGAACAGUAAGAGAUAGGGAAUGAUUUCCUUCUGAACAGACUGACAGCUGGAAAGGGGUUGUAGUCUGUGGAACAAGACAAAGUGAGGAGACAGAAAUGAGUGAACUAAAUGAAAAUGUGUAACUGAAUUUAGUGCCAGAGCACACUGUGAAAAAGAUUUAUAACAAAGCAUCCACUGGUUUCUAUCAAAUGAUCAGAGUGGGAGCUUAAGAACUUCCACAUCCCCCAUUUAACAGAAGCAGUCUGUGCUGAGCCACCACAAUGCCACAGCCAGGUCUGACAUGGAGAGCUUUUGGCCUGAUGGUCUUAAAAAGCAAGAACCUAAGAAUGAACAAGGAUCAGUACCAUGCAACAUUAAAGCCCUUUUGGGAGGAAAACCUUUGGGAAUGGCUUCGGUUCUGUGCACUGGGUGGUUUCUGCGUGAAAUAGAAAUACCAAGCAGCUUGUCCAAUGAGUCUGCAGAUUUGUUCAGUCCUGCACAGAAGAAUGUGGAAGUCUGCCUUCAUGCAGGGCCCUUUGAUGAUGAGAUGAACCAGACAAUUUUCAAGGUAGAACUUUUGUCAUCGUUCCAGAGAUUUCCUGCACUGCACUUGAAUCAUUUAAUUGGCAAGCAGUGUUUGCUUCCAUCAGUUGAGCUAACAUCUCUUAACAGCCCAGCCAUGAAUGUCCAUGUACAUUUGAAAAUCCUGUGCCCAAGUACCCUGUUGAGACCAUCCUUCAUUUAACAACAACUAAUACACAGAGCACAUGCCUUGGAAAUUGCAGCGUAAGACUAGAAGCUCUGGAAGGUUAGAAGCAAAUAAAAACAUCAUGGUUAAGCAAAUGCUUAAAACAGGGGUUUAGCUGUCACAAAUGCACCAGCAAUACAGAGGAAGGCUUCUUGUGUUGCUCAGAUGGCAGAGAUUGCUCAAUACUGGCACAAAAAAAUGAUCUGUGACAUCCAACAGUCUAUGCAGUGUAUUCUACAGACAUUUCUUAAUUCAUUCUUCCUGCUACUUGGUCCCAGUAGAUGAGCUGUGAGCACAAGUAGGAGGGUGCAAACAUUUAAAAAAGAAAUCUGGUUUUUCACUCUUUAAAAAAAUACAGAACUAAGUUAUUCAUGAUGAUUCUUCA